AAUGUAACAUAGCAACCAGUGUUUUGAACGGAUCCCGUUCCCACUACUGCUUGUUUCCGUACGGAGAGAUUUCUUGCAGGACUCGCAUGGACGAAACCGCCCCAGUGUUUUCGUUUUGCCAAAAAUGUCAGGACUAUCAGAAACAGAGCGUGCUGGAUUUACGAAGAUACUGAGCCUAAUGACAAAAUGCGACUUACUGUCACUCAGUGAUACGGUCACGAAUAAGAUGAUAGUCGUGGAAAACAUUACGGAAGCUAAAGAAACCAUUCUCGCCUUCACUAAAAAUGCCGAAGAGCUCCUGAGGAGGAAAAAGGUUCAGCGUGACCUGAUAUUCAAGUACCUGGCUACAGAAGGUGUGGCGAUGCCCCCAAAUAGCGAGAAACACAUGCUUAUAAAGAGGACCCUGGAGCUGUGGUCCUCUGUAAAGGUGGUGGAUGAAAACCCUCAAGGAGAGGCGGCUUCCUCAGAUGUGAACUGUGGGAUGGGCUUUGAUCCGCUGGUCCUCGGCCAGCAGUUCUGUCAGUGGUUCUUCCAGCUGUUGAACAGUCAAAACCUUUCACUUGGCCAACAGCCCCAAGACUGGGGACCACAACAUUUCUGGCCUGAUGUGAAGUUACGUCUCCUCUCCAAAGCUGGCAGUGAGCAGAUGGAGGAGUUUCUGGGUGCUGAUCUGGUUAGUCGUCGAUUCUUGGCACUGACCAGGGAUGAGCGUCUCCUCUUCAGUCCCAAUUUGGAUCCCCAUGGCCUCAAAGCCUUGACCUCUCGUCAUGGCUUGGUGUUGGUGGCUGUGGCUGGGACUAUUCACAGAGAUGCAGUCUGUCUGGGAAUCUUUGAACAAAUAUUUGGCCUUAUCCGCUCUCCUCUGGACAACAACAGCUGGAAGAUAAAGUUUGUCAACCUGAAAAUCAGAGGGCAGGAUGCUCUUAGUGGGACAGAUGUGCCAGCACCUGCUUUGACCUACAAUUCCAGUGAACUGCAGCUUCUCUGUAGCUGACAGUCAAGAUAGAUUAGUUUUAGAUUUAUUAGUUUUAAUUUCCUUUCACAUUAUUUAUCCAAAAGUGGUGGUUUGGCCUUUUGGUUCUACUCUACACUCAUCUUAUUUGCAUGAACACUUAUUUUCUGGGCAUUUUCGACCUCAUAUUGCAUCUAAUAACUCAUCUGACACAACCCUAUCUUCUAACUUAUAGGCUGUCAUGCAAUAAUAUAAAGGUAGGCUCAAACUGAUGCAUUUAAAUUGAAUAUUUACAUCAUAACAUGCAAAGCAGAAUUCUCAAAGAUUAUCCUAGAAGGUAAAUGGAUGGGCUGCUUUAAAUAUACUGUACCUUUUUGCAAAGAUUGUAGUGCUUUGGAAGCCUGUGCCUUAUGUAAAAUAUGUUCAAUGUAUACAUUUGUGGUAUAGUAACAGUUAUACUGUCACUCAAAAGAUCUCUUAGAAAUGUAUUUUUUAGGAAAGAAAAGCACAUUUAAUUUUAUUUCAGCUGUAAAAAUGAAAAGAGUUGUAAGUGACUAUGGUUUUUAAUUGACUAUGUUCAUGCAGAGCAGCCAGCAUUUCAGUGUCACAGCAGGACAUUGAGAUGCCUAAUGCAGGUUUAUAAUGCUAAUAGGCUUUUUUUUCUGAGAUGGCACAACUGAAAGCAGUUAUACUUGUUCAAACAACAGUAAGCAAGAAUAGGUAUCAGCCUUUGCAUGUUUUAUUGUCUGAACAAAAGCAACCAAAUAUCUUCUAACUCUUCAGGUUAUUCUCGUUUAAACAAAUUCAUGCUUUUUUCAUGCUGACAGUUGUUAAAAUGCAUCUUCCCUCACAGAACACAGCAAACUAACACAGCAGUUUUAUCCGUGCCAACAUAACUGCAAAGGAUUUAACAUAAACUUGCAUUAGGCAGCACAAUGUCCCAACAGAUGGUUGUAGAAAAUGGGCACCUGUGUGAUAUGUAGGCAUUUUAUUCAAGUUGUUCGCAGUUCCUUUAAUCGGUGCCAUUCACAACAUUUCUCAAUAAUUUACUGUUGGAUUAAAUUUAAUUUUGAAUGUAUGUUUGUUUUUUUUUAAAGGAGUUUUAUGAGUAACAAACUUUUGAGAUGUAACGUAGCCAUUUAUUAACAAAUAAAUAUCUGUCUUUAUGUGACACUACAAAGUCAAGCAGUGUGCUUUCAUGGCUUUUCAUCCCACAAUGUUUACAGAUAAACAGUCUGUUAGAAAUACCAACAGAGUAACAUAGUUCAGAAAAAGUCUAAUAUUUAGACAAAUGUGCAUAUAAAAAUAUUAUAAUUUCAGCUAAUUUGUUUCUGUUCAGUGCCAGGUGUUAAGUAGUUUAAUUAAAUGGCUGGAAGUUGGAGAUUGGAAAACAUUGCUGUGAAACUGACUCUCCUUAAUGAACUGAAUUACAAGUCUAAAUGGUGCUUUUUAAUUUUGCUGUUUUAAGGAUCUCCCAGAACAGACAGUUAUACUUUUUUUUCUGCUGCUUCCUUUAGGGGCAAUCAGAGUAGCUCAUCUGCUUUUAUCUCACCCUGUCCCUACCCUCCUCCGUGUCUGUCACAUCAACCCUCUGCAUGUCCUGCUUCCCUACAUCUAUUAAUCUUCUCUGUGGUCAUCUUCUUUAGCCCCAUAUUCAAUGUCCUUUGUCCAGCUUAUCCACUCUCUCUCCUCUGCACAUGUCCAAACCCUCUCAAUCUCGCUUCUCUAACUUUGUCUCCAAUCCGCUUAACCUGAGCUCUCCCUCUGAUGUACUCAUUUCUAAUCUUGCCCCAAUGAAAAUCUUCAACUCUGCCACCUCUCAGUGUAAUGCAUAUACCGCUGAAUCACUUGCAGGUUGACUGGUUUUUUGGUACCAAACUCAUCAUCCUACUAUUCCCAGCACUUGUUUAGAAAAACUGGCUUUGUGGCAUUUUUAAAUUGUGACCAAACAGUGCAGCUGUGGGCAAAAUAAAAACAUACUCCCUUUUGUCUAGGAAUUGUGUUUGUCAGUACAACGUUUGCCUGAUGAAUCUAAGACAAAUUUAGCUCAGGUUAAACCACCGCAGUGACAGUCAAACAGGUGAUGCCCUUGAAUAUUAGAGAGAUAACCUCAAUGAUUAGAUGAUCAUCUAUGAGCAAGCACUUGGCAGUGGCAGAAAGGAAGACCCUGUUAAAAGGAAGAGACCUCUGGCACAGGUCUUAGGGAGGGACAGUUAUCUGUUUCGGAGAGAGUAGGAGAAUGUAGAGAGACCCCGACCAAACAAAGCAUUUGAAAGAGUACACAAAAGUUGAUGACAUGCAGUAGUACUAUAUGAAUGCAUCAGGAGUCAAAAGAAGAGUUGAAAAUUGAUGCAAUCAUGUAGGCUUGCUCUGCCAGCUAGCCAGAGCUGGCUAUCAUAGAGUAUAUUAUAGCCUGCCAUUGCUGCUGUUCACUCGUAACUUUUAAAACUCAAAUCUCCACAGGGUUAAUGUCUGAGAUGUUGUGUCAGCGGUUAAUGUCCAUAUAUUUAGCCACUUUCAUACUCUUUGAGUAGGUUUGAUUGCACACAAGCUGCCACACCACCCUGGAAGGGCUUUACUGGUUGGUCAGACAUUUCAUAUAAAAAUAUACUUUUACUACCUGUGGUCAGGAAAAAAAGAAAACUCAGUGCUAUUGGUCUUGCCUUUUUUUUAUUGGACCAAAUGGCACAUGACAUGAAUUCAUCUAGACCCGCUUCAGACAGCUGAGGAUUUGAAAUUUUGCUGGAUGGGAUGAAGAAAGCAGGUCGCUUUUCCACACAACGUGCCUAAGAUCAUUUUACACGUUCAAACUCACCUGUGCUGAUUAUCAUGUUAUCAGGUAUAUGUGCUAUAUGCUAAACAUGUGACCUGUAUCAAUGCUUCUUUUUCAUUUUUCUCUGAAGCUUGUUCUAGUGUGACUUUUGAAAAUAGUUUGGCAAAGCUCGUUAAUACUCAUGGUACAAAAACUGGGUCACAUUUGAGCAACACCCGAGCAGCAUCCAGUUCUUGCUUUUUUCUCCUAAAUGUUUUUUUUUCAGCCAUCUGUAUAUAAAAAAUAAAGACAAACGUGACUCCUUAU